UAAUGCCCAAUAUAAGAGAUUGAUUUUAGGAAAUUAUUUGGGUUCAAUUCUAGAACAAUCAAGAAAACCCAAUUGGGAACACAUACCAAAUUAUGGCGGGAACUGAACGAUCACAGGAAACCAAUUGCACCUUCGAGUGGGAUGAAGAUUCUCAGCUCUACUACCAUGCUAGCACUGGAUUUUACCACGACCCACAAGCAGGGUGGUAUUUCAGCAGCGUAGAUGGACUUUAUUACAAAUUCGAAAAUGGGAAUUAUGUGCUCCUUGAGUCCAAUCUGGAUGGGGAUCAAUCUGAAUUACAUAAUUCUAAUUGUGAAGGCGAAGUAUUGGGAGCUGAAAAGGAUCAAUUUGAAUUACAUAAUGCUAAUUGUGAAGGCGAAGUAUUGGGAUCUGAAAAGGAAGGAGCUGCACUUUCUGCUGAAUCUUCCCUAGAUCCCUCAAUUUGCAUCAGCAACGAACAAUCUGAGUAUCCACCUCCGGCAUCAGAAUGGCUGGAAGAUACUCUCAUUGAUAUGUACUUAUCGGGUUAUUCCAACCAAUCAACUCAUGCUGCUGCUUCUGACAUGGCAAUGUCUGUGGAAACUAGUGAUACACAGCAGCUAAAUCUUCCAGCAGAUGGAGACGAUGACAUUCAAGAACUGGAAGAAGGCGAAUGGAUCCCGUAUGAGCCUAAUUGUUUAACUGACUUUAGCAGCAAUAUAGCAGAUGAAGGUAUAUCUCUAGAAGAAGAGAAUUGGAGAGCUCAGUACGGUCAAGUUAGUCAACCAAAUGAAGAGUGGAUAUCAGAUCUGCACAUGGUGGAUUUAUGGGACUGGGCAUUAGUUAAAGGGAUCAAAAAAGAUGGAAAAGGUGAGGUGGCUAGGCUGGUUGGCCAACUAAAAAAGCGCUCUAGCAAGCUCCAUCCAUCUAUAUCUUCAGCUCGUGUGAAAACUGCUCCAGUGUGUGAAGUGUAUCUUGAUAUGGUACGGGUGACUUCAGGUCAGCUAUAUAGAUUGAGGAUUCCUAGCUCGCAAUACUUGGCAUCCUUGUUGGUUUAUGAUGCAUCCGACCCUACGAAAGAUUGGGGUUUCCCACAAUUGUCAAUCGAUAAACACAUGAAUAAGAUACCAAAAUAUCAUUCGAAGUCCGAAUCUAAAAGCUCGGAAGAUCUUGCUGUCCUAGAGGACCAGUCUUUGUCCUCAGAGAAGCUCUGCUCAUCUAAAAAGGAUCAUGUUUAUAGAGACAGAGCUGCUGAGAGAAGAGCUCUGCAUGGUGGCUUUGGUAUUGGUCCAGAACAAAAAACGUCACUUGAUAGUACUGAUUCUCCAUCAUCUCUUAUUUCUUUACACCCCGAAGAAGCUGCAGUCGAGUCGUUAAGCAUUUCCUUCGGGGCAGGAAGUUAUGCCAGAAAAAUUCUUGAAAGCAUGGGCUGGAAGGAGGGGGAGGCACUUGGCCGUGGCACCAAUGGUUUGAUCGAACCAUUACAAGCAAUUGGAAACAAAGGAAAUGCUGGUCUGGGUUGGGAUGAUGGUAGAAAGUAAUUUCUAAUGAGAGGAGAGAUUAAUUAAAUUGUACCCAGUUCUAGUGAAAAUAAUACUUAUUAUAAUUAUUAUGUUGGGUUCGACGUUCUAUUUUGGCCUCAUCA